AUGUCCGCUGACAAGUACUACACUCUUGCCGAAGGCUGCCCUUUCGCAAGCAGCAGCACUGCUGUGCUGAUGCGAAAUAGACAGGGCGGUGGCCUUGGUCUGCUUCAGGACACCCAGCUUAUUGAGACUCUCGCGCACUUCUCUCGCGAGAGAAUUCCCGAGCGUGUUGUUCACGCCAAAGCCAUUGGAGCUUAUGGAGAGUUUGAAGCGAUCGGCGACUGCUCUGAUAUAACUUCGGCCAGUUUUCUCAAGAAGGACGGAAAGAAGACCCCUGUUCUUCUCAGAGUUUCCACUGUUGGCCCUGAAGCGGGCUCUGCUGACACAUCGCGAGAUGUUCACGGUUGGGGAAUGAAGAUGUAUACUGACGAAGGAAAUCUGGACUGGGUCUUCAAUAAUACUCCUGUCUUCUUCAUUAGGGAUCCCAUCAAGUUUCCCUCCAUGAACCGCUCUCACAAGAGACACCCGAAGUCUCAUCUUCCCGAUGCGAACAUGUUCUGGGACUUCCAUGUUGGAAAUCCCGAGGGAAUUCAUCAGCUCUUGGUUCUCUUUAGCGAUCGGGGAACACCUCAAUCUGUUCGCUUUUUGAAUUCCUAUAGUGGACACACAUACAAGUUCACCAAAGAGGAUGGUUCAUUCAAGUACAUCAAGAUCCACAUGAAGACUUGUCAGGGCGUUAAGAACUUCACACAGGAAGAGGCCACAAAGAUUGCCGGCGAGGACCCUGACUACAUGAUUCGAGACAUGUUUGAAGCCCUCGAAAGAGGAGAAUACCCUUCGUGGAAUGUCUUUGUCCAAGUCAUGGACCCCUCUGAAGCUGAAAACUACAAGUGGAAUAUCUUCGACAUGACCAAGGUGUGGCCACAUACGGACUUUCCGCUGAGGAAGAUCGGCAAGAUGACCUUGAAUCGCAACCCUGGCAACUACUUCGCCGACAUUGAACAGGCGGCAUUCUCUCCGUCGAAUAUGGUACCGGGAUUUUCAGCUUCCGCCGACCCUGUACUCCAAGCCCGUCUGUUUGCAUAUCCCGAUGCAGCACGCUACCGACUUGGUGUCAACUACCAGCAAAUUCCCACGAAUGCAGCUAAGGCCCCGGUGUACUGCCCCUUCCAGAGAGACGGCAAGAUGAGGAUGGACGGCAAUUACGGUGGCGACCCGAACUAUGUCAACUCCUCUCUCCAGCCUACCAAGUUCUACCAGGAGCUAAAAGGCGGCAGUCCCCAGUCGUUGAGCCUACACACAGAGCACGAGCAAUGGGUCGGCGAAGUUACGACCUUUACCAGUCAUAUCACAGAUGAUGAUUUCAUUCAGCCUGCUGCGUUGUGGGAGGUGAUCGGCCGUGAACCGGGACACCAAGACAGAGUCAUUGCGAACCUUGCUGGUAGUAUAAGCGGAGUCAAGUCAUCUAAAUUGCGUCACGAAGUAUACACAUUGUUCAGCCAUGUGAACCAGGAUCUUGGUACCAAGGUUAUGAAGGCGACCGAGGCUGCCAUCAAGCAUUGA